AACAACACAGGUCAUGGGGUGGUGUUCACCCUAGAUGGGGAAGGACCUCCCUUGUGGACCAGGCCGGUGGGGCAGAAACAAGUAACCCAAAUGCGAGGGUACGGAGGCCAGGAUGGGGGAAAGAGGAGGAAGAGAGGCACGGGUGAGAAAGGAAAACAAAGAAAAGGAACCAAAACACAUAGGAAGUCUAAGAAGAAGACGAAAAAACUUUCAAAAAAGUCGUCGACGACUCGGAAGCAAAGUUCACAAAGAGCGGAAAAUGUUAGGUUUGACGGCAGGACGCGCGAGCAAUUUAAUGAUCAAAGCUCUAAUAACAAAACCAAGAUCAAAAUUAAUAAUAAUUCAUCUGUCAAAAAAAUUUCUAUGAAUUUAAAUGCCGUUAACGACGUAAAAAUAAAAGUUGGUGCUCCUGAUAAUUCUCUAACUUCGAUGUCCUCACAGAAUGAAAUACACGCAAAGUUAAUACGGAAAAGAGAUGUAGGCAGUAAUUUAUAUGGCAAUGCAAUUUAUUCCAAUACCUGGAAUAUAGAUUCCUUCGGAGGCUUCAGUAAUUUCGCAGACCAAAAUCAGAAUUUGAAAAAUUCUGCGUCAAGAAUGGAAAUGCAUUAUAAUAGCACUACAUAUGGGAGCCAAGAAGACAGUUAUGACAUAGAUGGUUCUGAAGGUAUUAUUGCAGAUGUUGAUCAAAAUAAUGACCUUAUUGAUGUUAUGCACAAGAGAAAACUAACAGAAUGGCACAACCAAAAAGAAUACGAGGGCACUUCCAAAUCUAAGCGUUAUUACCAUAUAAAUAAAGGUAUAAAAUCAAAGAAAAAUAUUGAAGAUGACUCGAUAAAAAACCUGAAUAAAUUUGAUAAAUUUGAAAAUACCGAAAACACCACCUCGAACAUAGCAGCUAUUACAGCUGAGCAUGAUCCCUAA